CGUCGGUGUGUCGAGGCCGCAAGACGUGAGUAGGAACGCUUCGGCAGGCAGCCGCAGUUAGUUUCGAUAUAGCAUUUGGAUAGAUCCAACGUCCCAUAUAGACGUGAAAAAGUUUGGAAUUUUCAAACAUGGCUAACGUCAUGGAUGUACAGACGGAGGAUAACCUCAAAUACCAGUUCUAUCCAGUGUCAAACGGCUCGGUUCAGUUCAAGGUGCGGGCGCCUAACGAUGCCCACAUCGCCCUUACCAUGGGACCCCAUGAAACCGACCCGAUGUAUGAGAUCUUUAUCGGCGGUUGGGGCAACACAAAGAGUGUAAUAAGAAGAAACAGAACCACGCCUGAUAAAGUUGAGAGCCAAACUCCUGGAAUCCUCAAUGCAGGCGAAUUUAGGGGUUUCUGGAUCCGUUGGGACAACGGCAUUAUUUCGGCGGGCCGCGAAGGAGAAGCCAUCCCCUUCGUUUCCUGGGUGGACGACCAGCCCUUCCCGAUCGCUUUCGUUGGUGUAUGCACCGGCUGGGGUGCUACCGGAUCAUGGAAAAUCGAAGAUGGGCAAGAAUUCAACACGGAAGACAAGUUAGAAUAUAAGUUCGGCCCUACGGCUGCUGGCUCUCUCGAAUUCGAUUUUCGCGGGCCUCACAACUGCCAUGUUUGUCUGACGAGCGGCCCUGCCGAAGCCGACCCCAUGUACGAAAUCAUCAUUGGAGGAUGGGAAAACACUCAGUCUGUUAUUAGGUAUUGCAGACAGAAGCCUGACAAGGUAUCAGUCCCGACACCAGGGAUCAUGAAUCCGAAUGAGUUUAAAAAAAUCCUGAUUGAGUGGCGCUGCGGCAGACUACUGGUGCGCGACCGUGUGAACGGAGCUGUAAUCAUGGAGUGGGUGGACCCCAACCCCUUCCCUAUUACGCACUUCGGAGUGCGCACUGGCUGGGGUGCAAGGGGCCAUUGGCGCAUCAAGCACUUCAACGGCACCAGUCGCGAAACAUUGCCUCCGACCGCUCCGCCACCUUCGCAAGCAGCAAUGUACGCGUACCCACCUGGGUAUCCCAGCAGUGCGCCAUUUGGAGGCGCUGGUGGCGCCCCUGUGUGGGUAGAUGCGUCAGGAGGCCAAGUGCCCCCUGGUGCAGUCCAGGGUGGGCAGGAUGUCUCCGGAGAGCCGCUGUUCGUAAUUAGAGCGUCGCAUGAAGGAGCCAUGCUCCCUGGCAAGCUCGUUCCUUCACAUGGCUGCGCUUACAUACCUUGGGGGGGAAAGGAACACGCCAAGCCUCAAUACCAGGUGCUUGUUGGAGGUCCUAACAACUGGGUACCAGUCAGUGGAACCAACAUUCCACCAGGCGCGGUUCCCGGUGGAGAGAGCGAAGAUGGUGAACCACUGUACAUCGGACGCGUGCGCCAUGAGGGUAGUAUCACCACGGGAAAAGUUCAGCAGUCUCAUGGUGUCUGCUACAUCUCUUUCGCCGGAGAGGAAAUCGCACAUCCUGACUAUGAGAUCCUGGUAGCUUAAGUGAAGAAGCACCACCAAACACCAUUAUUCGCUAAGAAAAUAAAAAAGUAAUCAGUCGCAUAGUGCAUUUAGGUUGACCACAAAGUAGGGCACUUGUAUACAUAAAAGUACUCCGUGAACACUUGUUUUAUAUGUACGCAAAAUAUAUUCAGUAAUCACUUCCGAAUUUAAUGCACACGAUAAUAUUUAUAUAGAUGC